GCUUUGCUCAUUGUAGGUUUUAGCCUAAACAUUGCGGUCUGCGAGAUCUGACUUUAUUUGUACAUGUCUCUCAGCUCUGGGAUCCUGCCGCGCGGGGGGUUUCAGAGACCACUGGGGUAGACGAGGAGGGUGAAUGAGGGGGGCCAACUGGUUUUGAUGUGAAGAGAAAACUUAAAGGAUUUGAAACAACAAACAGGAAAUGCCUAGCACGGCUGCUGAUGCAGCAGAUACAGAGGGGACCAGAGGCAGUUGCAGCUCUCUGAGCUCUUCCCCUCUAUCAGGCACCGUGUGAACAACCGAGCUAGCCCAGGGGAUCUGCUGCCCCCCAGCCCUGUCCUCCUUCACCGGCUAUCUUUGCCCCAGAGCCAUGGGCUCCCAGCUCUUCCGUAGCAGAAGCCCAGGUAUCGCUGUCCCCUGCGGGAUUCUGACAGCUCUGUUUCACCUCAGUGCAUGCUUCAAUGUUGAUGUAAAAAAUGCAAUGACAUUCAAUGGCCCUGUGGAGGACAUGUUUGGGUACACGGUUCAACAGUAUGAAAAUGAGGAAGGAAAAUGGGUACUUAUUGGUUCUCCAUUAGUUGGUCAACCCAAGAAGAGAACAGGUGAUGUCUACAAAUGUCCUGUAGGGAAGGGCCAGUCAACUUGCAUAAAACUGAACCUGCCAGCUGACACUUCAGUUCCUAACAUCAUGGAAGUAAAAGAGAACAUGACUCUUGGAGCAACUUUAGUGACUAACCCAAAAGGAGGAUUUCUGGCAUGUGGGCCAUUGUAUGCUUACAAAUGUGGGCAUUUGCAUUACACAACUGGCAUCUGUUCUAAUGUCAGUUCCACAUUUAAAGUUGAAAAUGCCAUUGCACCAUCUGUACGAGAAUGUAAGACCCAACUGGAUAUUGUCAUAGUUCUUGAUGGUUCUAAUAGUAUUUACCCAUGGGAGAAAGUCACAGAGUUUUUAAACCGCCUUCUGAAAACAAUGGACAUAGGCCCUCAACAAACACAGGUUGGGAUUGUUCAAUAUGGGCAAAAUGUAGUCCAUGAAUUUAACCUCAAUACUUACAUGACAACAGAUGAUGUAGUAAUUGCAGCCAAGUCUAUACAUCAAAGAGGUGGAGCACAAACUAUGACAGCUCUUGGAAUAGAUACAGCAAGGAAAGAGGCAUUCACUGAGGCUCGUGGUGCACGAAGAGGAGUAAAGAAAGUAAUGGUUAUUGUGACUGAUGGGGAAUCACACGACAACUACAGAUUAGAAGAUGUGAUUAAGGACUGUGAACAUGAAAACAUUCAGAGAUUUUCUAUUGCCAUUCUUGGUAGCUACAGCAGAGGAAAUUUAAGUACAGAGAAAUUUGUGGAGGAAAUAAAAUCAAUUGCAAGUGAUCCUACUGAAAAGCAUUUCUUCAAUGUCUCAGAUGAAUUAGCUCUUCUCACUAUUGUCGAAACACUUGGAGAGAGAAUAUUUGCCCUAGAAGCUACCACAGACCAGCUAGCAGCCUCGUUUGAAAUGGAAAUGUCCCAAGCUGGCUUCAGUGCUCAUUAUUCCCAGGACUGGAUUAUGCUUGGAGCAGUUGGAGCAUAUGACUGGAAUGGGACAGUAAUCAUGCAAAAAAACAGCAUGGUUGUUAUGCCAAGAAAUGAUACAUUUAGUGAAAAAUCUUCAGAAAACAAUGAACCUCUUGCAGCUUAUCUAGGAUACGCGGUAAAUUCAGCAUCGACCCCGGAAGAUGUGUUGUACAUUGCUGGGCAACCUCGUUAUAAUCACACGGGACAAGUUAUCAUUUACAAAAUGGUAGGAGAAGAUGUAAAAAUACUACAGCAGUUAAAAGGAGAACAAAUUGGGUCAUAUUUUGGUAGUGUUAUUACUACAGUUGACAUCAAUAAAGACUCAUUUACAGACAUUCUGCUAGUUGGAGCUCCUAUGUACAUGGGAACUGAGAAAGAGGAACAAGGAAAAGUGUAUGUCUAUUCUUUGAACAAGACAACAUUUGAAUAUCAGAUGAGCCUUGAACCGAUGAAGCAAACUUGCUGUUCAUUGUUGAAACACAGCUCUUGCAAAGAUCACAAGAACGAACCUUGUGGUGCACGCUUUGGGACUGCAAUUGCUCCAGUAAAGGAUCUUAACUUGGAUGGGUUUAAUGAUAUUGUAAUAGGAGCUCCGUUAGAGGAUGACCAUCGAGGAGCUGUGUACAUAUAUCAUGGCAAUGGCAGUAGUAUAAGGAAAGAAUAUGCACAGCGUAUUCCAUCAGGUGGAGAUGGGGAAAAAGUGAAAUUUUUUGGUCAGUCUAUACAUGGAGAAAUGGAUUUAAAUGGUGAUGGUCUAACAGAUGUCACUAUUGGAGGCCUUGGUGGUGCUGCCCUCUUCUGGUCUCGUGAUGUAGCUGAGAUAAAUGUUUCCAUGAAUUUCACACCCAAUACAAUCAAUAUUCAAAAGAAAAACUGUAAUAUGGAUAAAAAAGAAACAGUAUGCAUAAAUGUCACAAUUUGUUUUGAAGUCAGACUAAAAUCUAAGGAAGAUACAAUAUAUGAAACAAAUAUAAAGUAUUGGGCUACACUUGAUUCACAAAGACAUAUAUCUCGAAGUUUGUUCAAGGAAAGCCAAGAAAGGAAGAUGCAAAAAAAUAUCACUGUCAAAGGGUCAAAAUGUAUUAAACAUAACUUCUACAUGUUGGACAAGCCUGAUUUCCAGGACUCUGUAAAGGUUUUGUUGGAGUUCAGUUUUUCCGACCCAGAGAAUGGUCCUGUCCUUGAUAGCAACCAGCCAAACUCGGUGUAUAAAUAUAUUCCUUUCACAAAAGACUGCGGGGUCAAAAAUAAGUGUAUUACAGAUUUGGUUCUGAUUAUAACAGAACAUAUAGCUGGAAACAGUUCCUCUCCAUUCAUCAUAAAGUCAAGCAAUGAUAAGUUGAAAGUGUUACUGACUGUCAGGAAUAAAAAAGAUAGUGCCUACAAUACCAGAGUCCUAGUACAAUACUCUCCAAAUAUUAUUUUUGCUGGAAUUGAGGAUAUACAGAAAGAUAGUUGUGAAUCCAAUCACAAUAUUACCUGUAAAGUGGGAUACCCUUUCCUAAAGUCUGGAGAUGAGAUUUCCUUCAGAAUAGUAUUCCAGUUCAAUGCUGCUUCUCUCCUGGAGAAUGCUACUCUUAGGGUGUAUGUAACAAGUGACAGCGAAGAACCACUUGAGACCCGUUCUGACAAUGAAGGAGACAUUAUAAUUCCGGUAAAAUAUGAAAUGGGAUUAAUAUUUCUAAGUCAUUUGAAAGAUCCCAAAGAACCCCAUAUUAUAAUUGCAGCAAAUGAUACAGUUCCUGCUGUUAUAAAUACAAUUGAAAAUAUUGGGGAUGAAAUUAACAUAAACUAUAAGAUUGAAAAAGGUGAACAUUUUCCAGUGCCACAACUCACUCUGCAGAUUUCAUUUCCCAACUUGACUUCAUCUCAAAACCCCAUUCUCUACCUAAGUGGACUGUCAUCUUCAGAUAAUGCAAUCUGCCAAACCAGUCACCCUAUAGAUCCUUUCAAGAUCAACUCUGGAACACCAUAUUUAGUGCAAAAAAUAAAAGAACCGACAAAAGAUAUAAUUAUGGACUGCGAUACAUACAAUUGUACAUCUAUUAAUUGUACUUUGACUCCAUCUGAUAUAACUCAAGUGAAUAUUUCAUUAAGAUUAUGGAAACCUACCUUUAUAAAAGGAAGUAAUCAUAGUUUAAAUCUCAUUGUGAGAGCACUACUUCAAAGUGAAAACUCAUCGCUGAUUUUGAGAAGAGACAAUCAAAAACGUGAGAUCAUGAUUAAAAUUUCAAGAGAACUUCGCCCUGGAAGCAUCCCUUUAUGGGUCAUUUUACUAAGUGCCUUUGCUGGACUUUUGAUUCUUGCACUUCUUAUAUUUGCAUUGUGGAAGGCUGGAUUUUUCAAAAGGCCACUAAAGAACAAAAUGGAGACAUGAAUACUUCCAAAGGAAAAUAUGUUGCAAUUAAACAAUGAUCUGUCCUCAGGGUAUGUCUACACAGCAACAUUAAGAGACUUCUCUACAGUUACGUAGGACAUUGGUGGCAGAGGAGGAUUUGAAACCCCAGUCUCCUGAAUACCUGUCUCAUCCUUUAACCACAAGGCCGUCCUUCCUUCCCCACGCAUGAUUAACUACUGUAUAAAAAAAUCUCAGAGGGGUAGCUAUGUUAGUCUGUAAAACAACAGUGUUUGGAGGCAUAAGUUUUCAUGGGUAAAAAAUACUGUCAGAUGCAUGGAGUGGAAAUCACAGAGGUAGGAAGAUAUAUACACUAGCAUAUCAAAAGAGGAGUUACUUGUCAAGUGUAGACAAGUGUUAGGGAAGCCAAUUUAGUAAGAGUGAAUUUGCUCCCAGCAGUUGAUGGGGAGGUGUGAAUACCUAGAGAACACCUGAGCUACCUCUGUGAAUUCCACUCCAUGCAUCUGAUGAAGUGGUUUUUUUUACUCAUGGAAGCUUAUACCCAAGUAAAUGUGAAAGCCUUAAAGGUGCCACAGGACUCCUUGUUGUUUUUGUAUGUGUAUAAUAUAAUAUAUAUUGGUGCAGUGCUAAGGCAGAUAAUUUAACAUGUGGCAUGUCCUGACUUUCAAGCACUUCACUUUCCAAUUGUGAUGGUCUGUUAAGUGGUAUUUUUUAAAUUAAAUGUUAUAUUUAAUUUCUGAGCAAUGUUAAUGACUAAUAUGCAUCAGCAACCAUGUUAGGUUUUGUAUACAAUAUUUCUCUAGAGAGAAUAUGAAAUUAUUCUUUCUAGGUAAAGCUUAUUUCCAUAUAUUUUUGUCAUACUUUGUAUCAGACAUAAUAGACUUUAUAUAAUUGCCUUUCUUUUCUGCUUAUACUAUGAUGCAUUCUUCCUGCUAAUUCUUGCUCUCUUACAUUUUUAAUUUUUUUAAAAUAAACUGUUUAAACAUGUAAAGUAAGUACUGCCAGGGAACACAUCCUUAUCACAUAACCUGCAUUAGUAACACAUUAUUUCUACUCCAUAGAACCUUUGCACAUGCCAUCACACAAACAACAUUAGUCUUAUUUUACAUGCCGGA